CACCUUGGGACCGUACUAAAGGUCGCUUUAUGACCCACAUAUCUAAUCCUUCCCUUUUCCAGCUGACAAAGGGAACUGAGAGCGCAUGCGGAAUACCGGACUACAAGUCCCAGCAUGCUCUGAAAGGCGCCGGGAACGCCUGGGCACCGCCGUAGGUGCGGGCCGCAUGAAUGGAGCUUCGGGCGUAAGGCAAAGCCUACCACCGUCCGCGCGGCCGGUACCUGCUCCCGGAGCGUGAGUGUGGGGUGUGGGCCGUGCGCGUGCGCGCUCAAAGGGAGCGCGAGGCGGGCGCGUGGCCGCUGAGGUGGGCGGCUGUAGUGCCGCUCGCCCGACUGGCCGGUAGUUGCGGGGCCUCCUGCCUCGCCGGGUGUUGCGGGCAGCCGUGGCGGCCGCCGGGGACCGCAAGGGGCGGAGGAAAGCUGGGGGCGGAGGGGGCCGGCCUCGGUACGCAGAGGAACAGCAGGGCAUGCCCCGAGACAACAUGGCCUCCCUGAUCCAACGGAUAGCCCGCCAGGCGUGCCUCACCUUCCGGGGCAGCGGGGGCAGCCGCAGCUCUUCCGACCGCGGCGAGGCGCCAGGCCCCGAGGCGCCGACGUCGCAGGGCUUCCCGGAGAACCUGAGCAAGCUGAAGAGCCUGCUGACCCUGGUCCGCGCGGAGGACCUGAACAUCUCCCCGCGCAAGGCCACGCUGCAGCCGCUGAGGCCCAACCUGCCGCCAGUCACCUAUAUGCACAUAUGCGAGACAGACGGCUUCAGCCUCGGCGUGUUCCUGCUGAAGAGUGGCACCUCCAUCCCGCUGCACGACCACCCGGGCAUGCACGGCAUCCUCAAGGUGCUCUACGGCACCGUGCGCAUCAGCUGCAUGGACAAGCUGGAGGUGGGCAGUGGACAACGGCCGCGGGCCCCGCCACCAGAGCAGCAGUUCGAGCCGCCGCUGCAGCCCGGGGAGCGGGACGCGGUAAGGCCGGGUGUGCUGCGCUCGCGGGCGGAGUACACGGCGGCCAGCGGCCCCUGCGUCCUCGCGCCGCACCGGGACAACCUGCACCAGAUCGACGCUGUGGAGGGGCCCGCCGCUUUCCUGGACAUCCUGGCCCCGCCCUACGACCCCGACGACGGCCGGGACUGCCACUAUUACCGGGUGCUGGAGCCUGUCAGGGCCAGGGAGGCCUCCGGCUCGGCCUGUGACCUGCCCCGAGAGGUGUGGCUCCUGGAGACCCCGCAGGCCGAUGACUUCUGGUGCGAGGGGGAGCCCUAUCCAGGUCCCAAGGUUUUCCCUUGAAGCCGCCGGCGCCCGGGAUUGGUGGGCCGAAGACAUGCCCUACUCGUAUCUGGGCUUGGCUGGCCGCGACCCAUCACAAGGGCUCUUUUCCUUCCCCCAGGCCUGGGCGUUGGAUCUACUGGAAUGGGCUGUAGCCGCUUCCUCGGGAGCCUUGCGAAGCGCGGCGACUGGACUGCAGCCACCGGGCACCGUUUUGGGGGCGGAGUAGGCGGGGAAGCUAGGUUGUUUCCUGGCUCUGUCACUGCCACUGGGGUUUUGAUUUGUGGGGAGGGGGCAGGGGUCUUAUUUGAAGCGCUUCCAUCCUCAAGCCAUAAUGAAGUUCCCCAUCCUAUACAAAAUACACUAAGUGGUUUUCUCCGCCCCCCUCUUUGGGUAAAUAGGGUUUGUUUUCCACUUACGUCCUUAAGCCCUUUUACUCCUUAUUGUUAUAGUUCUAACUUACUGACUUUGCAUGACCUAGUGGUUUGAAUUGUUUUUAGUUCAAGUCAUUGAUAAAAACUAGGUUUAAAGAGAUGAGCUACUAUUUAAAGUGAGCUGUCCGGCCUAAUUAAGUCGUUGUGAAAAUUAAAUCCAUUUUUCCAGAGUUGGGGGAUUACCCCCAAACGUAACGAUGCAUGUAGAGGGCAAGAUUUAUUUUCUUUCCUCCCCUUGCCCAGUAACCACAUCUGGUUACUCUGGCAGCAUCUACUAAGAAAUUCAAGCACCUGCAUAUCUCAGUGACAAAUGGUCACUUAGAGCUUCCCGAUGAGUCUCCAGAUCUCUGAGUUGAGCAGAUUUCUUGUUGCAGAUUCACCUUUAAUGCAAAAACUGUAUUAUCCUCAAGUGACUUUUUGUGUCUUAGUGUACUUUAAGAAGUAAUAGGGUAAUUCUGUAUUUUGUAACCAUAAGAUUCAGAGGAGCUGAAUCGGUAUGCUUCCAAACAACUGAAUGUAAAACACCCUUAGCCAGCUGUUGAAUUCUGUGCCCAUAUUUACUUCCAGUAUUUUCCUGCAAAAGUAGAGGAAAAUGUUCAUGACUGUUUCAGAUUCUCUCAGGAGUUCUAACGUUCCAGAGGGCUGAUGAUUCCAGCUGUGUUGUUGGUGGCAGUGUUCUCAGAACCCUCUCCCUCAAAUAGGAGAGAGCCAGUGCUUGCUUCAUCUAGGGUGAGUUUUCUGCAGGAAGAGAGAGAGGCACAGAUGAUCAAGGCUAGAAAAUUGAGAAUUAACUAUACUGCUGGCCACUUUAGGGCACCAAAACUUGGGACAAAACACUUCCCACUCCCAACCGCUUGAAAUGAACAGCUGUGUUGUGACUAGUUUUAUUUUUGUCCUUUUAAUUGGCUGAGCUUUACCUUGUUUACAAAUGUAUUGACACCAUUUGCUUCAGGCCAAGGAACACUCCUGUUUACCCGUUUUUACUAUUUAUAGGACUCUUUUUUCCACAAAACUUUUAAUAAAAACAAACUGUAGAAAUAAACACAUUAAAAUUUGUCCAGCUGUUGUCUAAGCCCUCUUGAUUGACUUGCCCAUGUGGCAGUUGAGUUCUAAUAUCUGUAAUAAAGGGAGAUUUGCUAUUGGUGGGAAGUGAUGACCCUGUAGGGAAGCAGUAUGUGCCUUUGCCUCUUUCUGCACACUGGGUUAGAGGCCCAGAGUGAAGGAAUAUUUGUUCCCAAAUUUAAAAAUAGAAUGAAAAAGCAAAUUCUUAAUGACUUUUCUUAAAAAACAAAUUACAAGAAGAUGCUACUAAACAUGAUAUGCGACUGUGUUGUAAAACCUGACACAAGCAUAAUGCAUUUCUUCCAAGUUUGCUAAAAUUGUUUUAUGGUAGUGUCACAUUCUGGUGUGGUUUAGUAUACCUUAGGGGCAGUUUGAAGCAGUUCUUCAGGCCAUUCAGUUUGAAAUUAAAUUCUAGAUAUGCAAAUGAUGAUUUUCUUUAAAAUUGUUCACAAAAUGGGUUUUUUUCAUAGCACAAUGAUGAAUGUGUAUGGUUAUCACAUACCUACCUGUUUUGAAUUAUAUUGUAGCAAAAAGUUGAUCAACUUACAACAAUUGUUGAUAAUGAUGUAUAGGUUAUAAUACAAUCUGGAGUACAUUAAACCUACAAAAACUCAUGCUGGCAACAGGACAGUAAUAAAGGAGAAAUUGUUUUUUCAAACUUCAUUAUAAAAAAUUUUUAAGUUCUCAAAUACAAGCAAGUUGAAUGAAAAAGACUUAAGGUGCUUUUCAAAAGAGUAACUGAAAUUAUCACAGGCCAAA